UGGUCUCCGCCCUCCUGCGUCCUCCCUGGCUGGCCUGCGGUUUCUGUACCUGACUGUGAAGGGGGGACCGCGAGGACUCACAGCCCUGGGGCCUGGCUGGGGCUGGCUGUGGGGUUUCUAUGGCAACGUCAGUGCCGGGGGAGGGCCCUGGCCAGCUGUCUCAUAAGCCCGGGGUGGGAACUGCGGAGUGAGGACAGGGAAAGCGGGCGUUGGCGUUCAGAGGGAACCCCUACCGGUUCCUCCCCAGGCAGAGCCCCUCACCGCCGUCAUCUUCCACCCAGAAGCUCCUCUCCGCUGGGCGGUGUCCGGGCCCAGGCCUGCCUCUCUUCCUGGGACAAAUGGCCGCUCCCCAUCCGUGUCAGCCUGACUUCCAGGAAUGCCCCCUUCAUGCGGAUGUCCCUCACCGCCAACUGGAGACGGGCUCCCGGGAGGAAGGGGGUUCUCAGUCCCCGGAGGGCCAGGGUAGAUCCCCAGCGUGACUAGAGCGGAGAGGAAGGGCCCAGGGCAGCCGAGAGAGCUGGGGCCACUCUGCACCCGAAGAGUGGGAUGUCGGGGGGCUGGGAGGGAUCAGGUCCAAGUUCAGAGGUCAGCUCCUCACCGCAGGCUGAGGCGGGGAGAGGCAGGUCUCUUGGCGGUGAAAACCUGAGUUGGACACGCAGCGGGGCAGAGUGCCCUGGGCGUGCCAGCUCCCAUGCCCUCUGGACCUGCCAAGUGAGCAGGGCCCGUGGUGGCAUCAGUGGCCUCUGGGACUCACCCAGCCCUUCCCUGUAGACAGCAGGACUUUUUUUUGUGCCCCAGUAUGAGGCCUCCCUGACAUGCAUGUGCCUUUGGCAGACAGAUCCCACAGACAUGGGUGGGUGUCAGCCCAUCUCUGCCCCACAGCACUGAAAUUCCCCGUCCAGGUACAUAGAGAGUACCCUGUACCAGAGAAAGCCUCAUCCUCAGGGUACCAGCCCUAGACAGAUCCAGGCCAGGAAAUGCCCUAGGGCUCAACCCCCAGGCAGCAGACAGGAACCCAUGCGUGUUGGGGGUGUGGUGGCCACGGCUGAGGUCCCUGUCAGUGGGUGGCCUCGGCCUGAGCCAGACCUGCCCCAGCUCAUCCCUCCUCUCAAGGCUGCAGGAAGCCUCUGCUUGCCCAAAGUGAAAGAGAAAGUAGCCCCCCCCAGGCCCGCCCCACCCCGCCCCAUGGCCAAUCCCUGCGGCCCCUCGAAUCCACCCCCGCAGCUUCCCCUCUGGUGUGAGUGCCGGCUGGAGCGUGGAGGAGCCGUCCAGAGUGAGUGCCUGGGGCAGGUGGUGUGUCAGCGGACAAAAGUGUCGGGGGGCUGACGCCUGGAAAUUCCCCUGAAGGUGGAGCACUGCCACCUUCCCCCAGCCCCUUGGUCCCACCCUCUCCAGGCCUUCUUGCCUCCGACUCCGCCCUGACCCCGCCUGGUGUCCACCUCUUCAGCUCCCACCUGGGUGCCAUUGAGUUAAAUGGCUGAUAAGCAGAUCAGCCUGCCAGCCAAGCUCAUCAAUGGCGGCAUCGCCGGGCUGAUCGGGGUCACCUGCGUGUUCCCCAUCGACCUGGCCAAGACCAGGCUGCAGAACCAGCAGAAUGGCCAGCGUAUGUACACGAGCAUGUCCGACUGCCUCAUCAAGACCAUCCGCUCCGAGGGCUACUUCGGCAUGUACCGGGGAGCCGCUGUGAACCUGACCCUGGUCACCCCAGAGAAGGCCAUCAAGCUGGCAGCCAAUGACUUCUUCCGACAUCAGCUCUCUAAGGAUGGGCAGAAGCUGACCCUGCUUAAAGAGAUGCUGGCAGGCUGCGGGGCUGGCACCUGCCAGGUGAUCGUGACCACGCCCAUGGAGAUGCUGAAGAUCCAGCUGCAGGAUGCAGGGCGCAUCGCCGCCCAGAGGAAGAUUCUGGCUGCUCAGGGCCAGCUCUCGGCCCAGUGGGGUGCCCAGCCCUCAGCGGAGGCUCCAGCUGCCCCUCGGCCCACGGCCACCCAGCUGACCAGAGACCUGCUCCGGAGCCAUGGCAUUGCUGGUCUCUACAAGGGACUCGGGGCCACGCUGCUCAGGGACGUCCCCUUCUCUGUGGUCUACUUCCCGCUCUUUGCCAACCUGAACCAGCUGGGCCGCCCGGCGUCCGAGGAGAAGUCGCCCUUCUAUGUGUCCUUCUUGGCCGGCUGUGUGGCCGGGAGUGCAGCUGCCGUGGCCGUCAACCCCUGUGACGUGGUGAAGACGCGGCUCCAGUCGCUUCAGCGGGGGGUCAACGAGGACACCUACACCGGGUUCCUGGACUGUGCCAGGAAGAUCCUGCGGCAUGAGGGCCCCUCGGCCUUCCUGAAGGGCGCCUACUGCCGUGCGCUGGUCAUCGCACCCCUCUUCGGCAUUGCCCAGGUGGUCUACUUCCUGGGCAUCGCAGAGUCCCUGCUGGGGCUGCUGCAGGCCCCCCAGGCCUGAGCCAGCACCUACUCCACCCCAGCCAGCCGGGCAGGGCCAGUGUGGGGCCGGAGCCAGGCAGCCAGGCAGCCAGUGCAGGCCAGAGCAAGGGAAGACGUCUCCCCAGCCCUCCCCGUCAGCAGGGGCAGCAGGGGGUGGGGUGCAGGGUCCAUGUGGGUGCUGCCCACACCGUUGGGAUCAAUGUCUUAUUUAUGUAGAAAAUGCAGAAAUCUUUACAUUCCUCAAUCUAGCCCCUGCCCCAAUCCUGCCCUGGCCUGAACACCCCCAAGGACAGAGCUGGUCUCUGGGCUGGGGGCUCCAGGCCUGGGCUGGACCGGCUGGACCAUACCGGCUCCAGUCUCCAUGGCCGUCCUGGUCCACACAGGGACCCUGCACAAACCUAUUUAUUGAAUCUGCUGGGCCCAAGGGGCUCUCCAGCCCUUCCGUCCUUCGCCAGCUGCUCUUGUCGCCUCCGCAGGGCCUGACUCUGCCUCCCUGGCCCGACUUGCAAGAGGACUGGGGUCCCCGACCCUCCAUGUUGAGCUAGGAAUCCCAAGUGAGGGUUGCCCUGGGGUGUGACUCUCAGGGCAAGCCACCUACCCACGGUGGGACUUUCUGGUGAGCCCCUUGGCUCCCACCCCAGGCUGAGGCCCGGACUGUGAGGUCUGUGUGUGUGUGUAUGCGCGUGUGCGCGCGUGUGUGUGUGUGUGUGUGGUGGGGAGCUGGCCUGGCCCUUGGGUAUGGGGCUGCCGGGGGCUGCCCUCCUUCCUGCCCAGACAGUGUGUGUGCUGUGUGUGCCCCAGGCUCUGUUGACCCUGUCCAGGAACGAACUUACCCAGUCUGGCCUCUCUUCUGAGUCCUCCACCCUGGCCUGGGAUUGGCCAGGUAGCAGGGCGGGCAUGGGGACCAGUGUGGAGCCUGAGGGGGGCUGCCCUGCUCUGGAGGGAGGGCCACCCCCAAGUCCCCUCAGGGCCCACCCUUUUCUCUGGGCCUCUGUAUAAGGCCCUUGACGACACUCCAGAAGCCCCGUCCUGCCACCCGGCCCAUCCCUGUUGUGAGCCGAAGCUCCCCCUGCCCCACCCCGGCCAUGUGAUCGUGCUGGUGCUGUGUCUCCCAAACCGGGGCCCUCCUCGGAGGUCCCUUCCCAGCGACACUACCUGGGGCCCAGGCCCGGGCCCCCCAGUUCAUGGCUGUUCCUGGGAGCUGCCCCUCCCGUCACCUCUGAACCUUGGAAGCCGCUGCUGCUGCUUACAGAAUUAUAUUUUUUUCUUUUGAAGAGUUUUAACAAGCUGUAACUUUUUGUGUCUUGUCUUGUCAGAGGAUAAAUAAAUAUUCUAAGUAGA